GGCGGGGAGGAGCAAAGAAGCUAAGGAGGAUGAGUGGGGGAGGAGGGGAGGAGAGGAGAGGCUGCCGGGGAUGAGCGGGGAGAAGGUGCGGGGAAGCUGCGGAGAAGGGGUGGAGGAGGAGCAGAGGAGGAGCAGAGGAGGAGCAGAGGAGGCGCGGACGAAGGGCGAAGGAGGGGCCGAGGAAGGGCGAAGGAGGGGCCAAGGAGGGGCGGAGAAGGAGCAUAGGAGUGGAGGUGGGGCAGAGGAGUGGAGUGGAGGACAGGCGGAGAGGGAGCGGAGGAAUGGCGGAGGCGAGGAGGAUGAGCAGAGGACGGGCAGAGGCAGAGCGGAGAAGUUGCGGAGGAGGAGGGGCAAAUGCGCGGAGAAUGAGCGGAGGAACGGGGGAGGAGGGGUGAAGGAGCGGAGAAGCUGCAGAGGAGGAGCGGAGGAGGAGCUCCAGAGACGAGGCGUCGAGGAGGAGAGUGGGAGGAGCGGAGGAGCGGAGGAGGCACACAUGAGGAGCGAAGGAGGCACAGAGGAGGAGGGGGAGGCGGGGCAAAGGGCGAGCGGAGGAGCUGCAGGAAAGGUGCGGAGAGGGAGCGGAGGACGAGCGGAGAAUGUGUUGAGGAGGAGGGGCAGAGGAGGGCCUGACGAGAGGAGCAGCAGUGGAGGGGCAGCGGAAGCGGUGUGGACGACUAGCGGAGGAGGAGGGGCAAAGGAGGGGAGGGGGAGGGGGGGAGCAGCGAAGGAGGCAUGGAGGAUGAGCGGGGCACGAGGGGCGGAGGGGAGGAGGAUGAGCGGAGGAAGAGGAGCGGAGGAGGGGACGAGCAACAAAGGAGAGGCGCAGAAAAGCUCUGGGGGAGGAGCAGGGGAGGAGGGGAGGAGGGGAGGAGGGGCGGAGGAUGAACGAAGGAGGUGGGGCGGGGGAGCGGAGAAGUAGCGGAGGCGGCGCAAAGGAUGA